GCGGCGUGUCGGUGGUGUGUUUAGUCUGAAUCUGGCGCUUCGGGAAGAAACAGAACUCCCCGGAAACUGAGACAGAGAGAAAGAUCACUUCGACGGAGGAUAUAGAAGCUCGAUCAUUCCUAACCCGAAGCGGUAGACGAUGGCUCAGUGCGCAGGGAAGACCUCCAGUUCUGCCGCAAAAGGCUGUGGUGCCAAGCCGAGGAAAGUCGCUAUCAUCACCGGCAUCACCGGACAGGAUGGGUCAUAUCUGGCAGAGUUUCUCCUGGAGAAAGGCUAUGAGGUUCACGGGAUCCUGCGCAGGUCCAGCUCCUUCAACACGGGCCGCAUUGAGCACCUUUACCAUAACCCUCAGACACACACAGAAGGAAGAUCUGACCGUUCAACAGGGUAUAUGAAGCUGCACUAUGGGGACCUAACUGACAGCACUUGUCUUGUGAAAAUUAUUAAUGAAGUCAAACCCACAGAAAUCUACAACCUGGGAGCACAGAGUCAUGUUAAGAUUUCCUUCGACCUGGCAGAAUACACCGCAGACGUGGACGGCGUGGGGACGUUGCGCUUGUUGGACGCGAUAAAAACAUGCGGCUUGACGGAUAACGUGCGUUUCUACCAGGCCUCCACCAGCGAGCUGUACGGCAAAGUGCAGGAGAUCCCACAGAAAGAGACAACGCCGUUCUAUCCUCGAUCACCUUACGGUGCUGCUAAGCUUUAUGCGUACUGGAUAGUAGUGAACUUCAGGGAGGCGUAUAAUCUGUUUGCUGUGAAUGGAAUUCUCUUCAAUCACGAGAGCCCUAGAAGAGGCUCUAACUUUGUGACACGGAAAAUUAGCCGCUCAGUGGCAAAGAUCCACCUCGGCCAAUUAGAGUGCUUCAGUCUGGGUAAUCUGGACUCCAAGAGAGACUGGGGCCAUGCCAGAGACUAUGUGGAGGCCAUGUGGCUGAUGCUGCAGCAGGAGGAGCCAGAGGAUUUUGUCAUAGCUACAGGAGAGGUCCACAGCGUGAGAGAGUUUGUGGAGAGAGCCUUCAAACACGUGGGCAAGUCUAUUGUGUGGGAGGGGAAGAAUGAGAACGAGGUAGGCAAGUGUCAGGAAACAGGGGUCAUCCAUGUCAAAGUGGACCCCAAGUACUACCGUCCCACUGAAGUGGAUUAUCUGCAGGGAGACAGCACUAAAGCGCUGGAAAAACUUGGCUGGAAGCCACAAGUGACCUUCGAGGAGCUUGUUAAGGAGAUGGUGGAUGCUGAUAUUGAGCUCAUGAGAAGCAACCCAAAUGCAUGAGCCCACACGCUAGCAGCACAUCUACAUACCAUGGACCUGUGUGUGUGCCCAAGAAGGAACAUGCUCUAGUCUUUUUUUUUUCUUUCUGUUCCAAGAACUCAGUUCUGCCUGCAGUUCCUCUAGAUUCAGAAAGACUGAAUGCUGCUUUUGACAUUCCACGUUCCUUUAAUACUGUUAUAUGUCUAAUCACAUGCAUGAAUAUAUGUGCUGGGACGUUUAGCAUUUUUUUUUUUUUUUACUAUAAGUUUGUUUUGUUGUUGUUUUAAUCCAGUUUUAUAUGCUUUCUUAUUACUGUUAUAAUUGCGGUGAGGGUGUGUGCACAUGUGUAAUGAAAUUAUAGUUUUAUAGCAUUUUACAGUGGGAUGAUUUUCUAGAUAAACAUUGGAUUUCAGCGAAAAAUCUAUAUAGAGACUUAAUAUAUGCUGAAAACCAUCCUUGAAAAUUGUUUGAAUGAUUUUAAACAUGUUUAAUCAUGCCAUCUUCCAUAUUUAAUAGUUUGUUUGUUUUUUAUUUAAAUUACAUGUUUAUUAUUUUAUCUUGGCUUUGUUUAUUAAAAGGGGUUUCAGAUCAUA